GCUGCAGGCAAGUGAGGUGGACUAAAUGGUUUAGACAACGUACACACAGAGAAACAAAGGGGUGUGUAUCUAGCUCCCUCUGGGUUACAGGAAGAGACCAACUUCAGUCAGAGAAGCUGAGGAAGGAGCAAGAUGCAAGGAGCUUUAUUUAAAGUAACACAAGAGUACUUGGAUUUGAACUGCGCGUGCUUUAUAGUGAUGCUAAGUGUUUAUAUUGAGGCUCACACCAUUUCUGUGGAUAGUUUCUUAAUGGAAUCUGAUUGAAUAUUAUUUUUUUUUUGUACUUGUGGAAAUUUGUUUCCCUGCGUACUGGGAAUGAAAUCAGUUUGAGAAGCUCAAACCAGUACCAAACUGGAGAACUGUUAAUUGCAAACGGCAAAUUGAAAAAACCCUGAAAGGUCUAUUAAAAAUAAUUUAAAACGUGUGCCAGAUGAAAUUCUUUAUGUGGGUAGGGAGAAUGUUGCCUUGAGUUUUACAUUAUUUUUUACAAAAUUACCGUACAAACUUCAAUUGAAGUCAAGUGUAACUUUAUAAUUUUAAAAAAGAACCACAAUGUGUUUAAAGAAAAUGUUUGCUGUCCAAGCUGUGGAAUCGCUGUAGUUAGUUAGGUCUGCUUAGCUGUGUUUCUAAACUGGGAGGUUGGGAAAAGCUGGGAAAGACUCGGAAGGAGACCUGGGGAAUGUUUGAGAGACGGAGAUUGGGAUUCAAGAUCAGGCGCAGCUCGGACCUGCGGCUGAAUUCGGAGGAGACAGUCUGUCUGAAGAGUUUCCAUGCCAGAGACGUUGAGGGAGAUCUGGACCCAGUGCAGGAGUGGGGAGAUGAGUCUGAUGAUGGUGUGCUCUACAGCGUCACCUUGAGGAGGAUUCCGGUAGAGCAGUCCCAGGGCAGCUUCAUCCAGUACAAAACCAUUAAGGUGCGCAGCGUGAAGGCUGCCACACUGGAAAGACUGGUGUCCCUCCUACUGGAGCCCGGCACGGACCCCCACUUCACCACCGUCUUCCUGUCAACGUACCGGGCCUUCACCACCACUCAACAGCUCCUGGAGAUGGUGCUUGACAGAGCAAGCAGCUUCGACGGAAACAACAACGAUGACAACGCUGACCAGACUGGCUCCGGAGUCUGCAAGAGGUGAGACCGCACUGCAUUGUGGGAAUGAGGUGGUGUGACCUCAUAUCCAGAUGUAACCGACAGCAAAAUUGGAUUAUUUUAGUAUGUGUUGAUAGGCCUAAGCUUUCCCAUGGUUUUUCUGUGCAUUACGAAGUUUUCCACAAAGCAUUGCUACCACAAAUUUAC